CCCUGGGCCCGAGCCACAGACCGAGAGAGACUGCUGUCCCAACCUCACGGCAUCCUCUUUUUCCUGGGUCAGCCCCCAUCCCUACUGUACGGCCUGUACCUUUGUUUGCCCUCAGCGCCGCCUGCCGGUACCGAUUAUACAAGCGACGGAUACGAGGAUACGAGGAGACAGCCAUUGAUUGCAUUGACAAGCCUGUGCCGGACCGACCACCGCCACCCUGCUCCAACAUCUAUCUGCCAGCUCUACCACCAGGCAAUCUUCCAUCUCAGUCCGUCCGUCUGGCAGGCAACUGGCCCCGGCCCGAACAACGACAUCGCUGCCGUCUUGCGAAGGGCUUGUGCUACUGCGAGACCCUGCCCGUCCAACGUUUCAACUGCCUCAACUGCCUCCGCAGCACGCUGCUGCCUCGACCUCAACAGCCACCACACCCGCCGCCGCCUCUGCACACACAACACCGGCCCUUCUUUGCUUUGGCAUCAUGAAAUCGGCCACUUCGCUUUCACAGCCCACCCAAUUGGUCUAAACCCAUACCUCCUUAGGUGGGUUCGCCCGCACAACGAGCGACGGACCUGACGGAGAGCUACACACCCCCUCAAGCGUGGACCUAGGGCUGGACGCACUGGGGCAUCCUGUACAACACCCAUCCUUCAUUAUCGAUAUAACGGCGGGCACCAGUUGGGUCUAUGAUCGCAACCACCAUGGAGAGGCCCUCCGGUCCGAACCCGGCGCAGAUGGGGCUCCCUGGCAAUCCGGCCCAGGGGCGUCGGGCUGCCUUUGCUGCAGGCAUCAACAUCCCUCCUCCACCUCCGAUCCCAAAGACUGUUCGGAAGAUACCCUCCAAUUCCGGCCUCACUGCAUCGGCCCCCAUCACCCAGAGCCAGGUCAUUGUACUUGCGAGAGACGCCAUGAAGAAGGCUGUCGAGGAGAACCAGAGCCAGGUCGCCGAGGCAAGCGCCGUUAGCAGCGAGCUCAAGCCCGGCGUCACCGUCAAUCUGAGCCACAAGAACAUCCAGAAGCUGCCGGAAGAGGUCGUCGACGUUAUCAAAGACCAGCUUGAAAGACUUGCCCUUUCACAUAACAAAAUCUCGUCUUUCCCGGCUCGAUUCGCCGAAUGUACGUUACUUCGAUAUUUGAACGUUCGGAAUAAUAGGAUCAGCGAGUUCCCACUGCCGUUGUGUGAUCUGAAAUCACUCGAGAUCCUCGACCUCGGCAGGAAUCAGCUGCGAAAUCUACCGCCAGACAUUGCGAGGCUUACCUCGCUCAAGGUGUUUGCAGUGCAGAAAAAUCUCAUCAGGGAGCUGCCUCUCUGCCUGGCCGACAUGGGCUCUUUGCAGAUGAUAAAGCUUGACGGAAACCCGAUCGUGUUCCCCCCAAGAGAGAUUCUCCAAGCGCAAGCCAGCAGCCCGCCCAACGACGGGUUCUUGAAGGAGACAGAAGUGAAGGAGUUGACUGUGACAAUUGCCAUCAAGAAAUUCCUGAGGCAACACGCCAACGACCGGAUGGAAGCAGAAGCUGCUGCCGCUGGCGAAGAUUCGUCUGAAGGCGUCGAGACCCCGCGCCUGGCCCCGAUGAAGCGUCCUGCAAGCGGGCGUUUCCCAAUCAAGGUCAACGGGACCGACGUGCCUGAUCUUCGAUCACCAAACAAUGCGCCACGACCACCCCCGAUUCCCACGCGAUCACAUUAUCGUGGACUUUCCCAGCAGAGUACAACAUCAAUUCGUCGACCUGGGGUUAUGCCUUUGACAAUGGGGGGCAAUGUCAAUGAGCGCUUGCGCAGCAACUCCGAAACUCUACUUCAAGCCCGCAAUCAAUACUCCGGGGACCGCCAGCGCCGCAUGGCAUCCAUCUCCAAGCGAACACAGGAGCUAGGCACCCUGGACGAGACUCAGGCCAACAACCGAUUCAGCCAUUACCGUGGACUCAGUCACGGUUCAGCCAUGCAAGCUCCCAACGGAACCAGCAUGACCAUCAAAAGUCCCGCCAGCCCUGCAGAACCCUUUCUUCAACGCCCGAUCUACGUGCGACGGCUUUCCGUUCUGCCCGAGCGCCGGCGCGAGUCCAAAUAUAUCGAUCCUGUCCUCGAGGCGGCCAAAGGCAUUCUCUACUCGGUUUUCCAGAUUCAUCCGAUGAUCCAGAUGCUGAUGCACCUCACGAGCGAUGGCACGUCUAAGAGGUCGAGCCUCGAGAUCGUCUUCUACAAUACUAAUGUGCAUGUCGAGGAGCUUGAGCAGGAGAUCCAGAGGCACGAGAUGGCUAUUGAGACAGUAGAUUCCGGCUAUAAGGAGAACGAGAGCGUGCAGAGAGCCUGUAUUACCCUUGUCAACGCCUACGCGCACGUUUGCUCCCUGUUGGCAACCAACGUCGACCUGUUCAUCGAGAAUGGCGACCCGCGAUAUAUCCGCACACUCUUGAUGCUCCUCUACAACAGCAUCAUGGAACUCCGCGUCACGGUGUCCAACCCAAGCCCCGAUGCUGGCUUUAGAAGAGCCGCCAGCAGAGCCGCAUUGGGCGACACCAUCAGGCCGCAACCUCAUUCGCGUGAGAGCUCGGUCACGCCUACGGCCGAUCGACCUGGCCACGGCCUUCGAUCUCGCAGCGGAAACUUUGUCCACAACCCAAGCAACCUGAGGGUGGCCACCGACGUCCCGCUGAACCCGUUGCAAGUUCCGUACAUCAACGGGACGGGACGCACGGCCACAGUCACACCUACACCUCGGUCUGGGGAGUCUUGGACCUCAAACAGCAGCAGGGGUAUGAACGGGGACUUUACAGAAGAAGACCGCGUUUUUGAGAGGAUAUACCUGUCCCUCCAGAGAUCGACUGAUUGGAUCAUGCGAUCUCUGCCCCCGCUGAACAGCCAAUUCGGUGAUUGCCUGGACAAAGCCAUUGCCACCAGCACGCCCAAAGUCCAGCAGCACUGGAAGGAUUUGAUUUACAAAUGUAACACAGCGAUCCAGAACACCGAGACUCUCAAGAAGCGCCUGUCGUUGAUCAAGCUCAAGGAGCCAGGCAUCCGGACGCACAGCGCAUUCUGGGCACUAUGCACCAAUUUCAUCGAUGCGUGGGCUGAGCUCGGCAGGAUGAUCAUGUCACUCACGGCGAACGUGCCUGAAGUGCAGCUGCCAAGCGACACGAGGCAACGCCUCCGCCCCGUGCAACACAGCAUAAAGGAGACUCGCGACUUGAUCCGGACAUCUCCUUGGUCGGACUCGCUCCGCACACACAACCAUUCGAACUCGACCACGAGCUCUUUCGGUGGGUCCUUUUCGGGCACGAUGCCUGCUGCCCAGUCUCGGCUGCCCAUGACACCGCAGUCCGCGGCGCUCGGGCCGGCCGUACAGGCUACCGUGGCGACCCCACAAAGCGCCUCGUUCGCGAAAGCCUUCAACGGCGGGGUAUUUGAGCGCGCCGACGCCCUCAUAUCGAUGGGUGGACGGUCGAUGCAUGGCUCGCGGACCGGCACGAUGUCGAGCGCCGGGUCCUCGAGCCUGAACUCCAUCACCAGCAUUUCCUCCACUGACGAGCUCAUGACGCCCAACACGGCGGUCAGCCCUGGGCCGGGGUCCUACGGCGGGCAGCUCCCGUUCCGCCUGGGCCACAACGGGAGCAGGGUCGCUCUCUGAUCGAGGGUGGCAUGUAUUAUAACGAACGCAAUACGGGCUGCAUCAAUUUGAAUCUGCAUAACAGGAAUUUCACAUUUUAUCUCAAGCAUUGGCGGCGACGGGCCGGGCCGGUUGUUUCUCGAUUGCGUUAUUAUAUGAGCAAUGAUGGGUUUGGAAUGGUUUCAAAAAGGGUAUUAUAACUUGGUUCGAAUAAUGUGAUAAUGUAUCUUGUCCCAUCAUGGCGAGCGACGGCCAGGACUUGGUCUUUUCACUGAGGCUCUUGUUGGUGAUUGCGAGAGGCAUACAUGAUACUGAUCAUCGUCGGGGAGAGAGAGAGGAAUGACAAUACAAAAGGACAUUCCUGUAUUACCAUAGCUGGUGUGUUCUUGCGUUCUGGGUGGUGCAAGACCUUCUGUGCUGAGGUGCGACCUAUUAAUGCCUGGCAGAUGUAUUGUUAUUGGUUCCGAAGUGCAGGGUGAGAUAUUCAUAAGGGUAACUGCGGAGGGCAUCGCGGUGCAGCAUCAGACGGAUAAUGGACAAUUAUAAUCUGAUCGUUUCACAAG